GGACUUUUGUGAAGUCAAGAACGCGAGAUUCUUUGUAGUAGUCACAGGUGUUCAGGACUGACUUCUCAAGAACUAAAGGAGUUGGUCUGAAGAUAUCAAUAUGGGAUCAACCACCCUCUUUGCAUUUAUUUUAGCUAUAUCAGCGUUUUCUUGUUACGCAACUCAAGAAUCUAAAAAAGAAGAUCUAGGGGCAGUACUCGCUGAUGAAACCGAACUCGAUCACUUGCAAGAAUCGCUUGACGAGAACAAAUAUCCACCUGCCGUAAAACGUAGCUAUGGCUACGGAGCAACCAAUGGCGUACCACAUGGUGCCAUUCCUGGAGGUGCCAUGCCAGGAGGCGCCAUGCCUGGUGGCGCUAUGCCUGGAGGUGCUAGUCCUGGAGAAGACGUAAUAAGUUACUAUGGACAAACGAGUUCAAGCCGUAAAGGCAGAAAAAGUUCCAAGGGAAGAAAAGCUUCCAGCUAUUAUAGUAAUCGCAAAAUGAAAUCGAGCCGCAAAGGAAGAAAUGGCUACAAGGGAAGAGAUUGUGUCGCAAAACCAUGUCAAAAUCAGGGGGUGUGCUGCCACGAUGGUGGRUAUUCCAGGUGUUUAUGYCCUGCAGGAUUUACUGGAAACCAAUGUGAAAGAGAUAUCAAUGAAUGUGCACGAAACCGCUGUCCACGAGGAGCGAAGUGUUUCGACCAAGUGAACGGCUUUAGCUGUAUUUUCCCUGACUCCAAGGAAUUCUGUAGAAAGAAGCAAACAGAUUGUGCAAAGAAACCCUGCAAAAAUGGCGGAAAGUGCAAAGCCAACAAACGUGGUUAUGUAUGUGAAUGCCGACCAGGAUUCGGUGGUCGCAAUUGUCAAACAAAUAUCGAUGAAUGUUUGAGUGCACCCUGCGAGAAUGGAGGCACCUGUGUUGACGGAAUAAACAAGUUUACAUGUAAAUGCGCAAGCGGGUAUGGUGGAAUGUUCUGCCAGGACAAAAAGGGAMARUGCAAACCUGGAAGGUGUCUGAAUGGUGGGGAAUGCUCCGUGUCUAAAGGCGAUAACCGUUGGAAUUGCAUCUGUAAAAGAGGAUUCGCUGGUGAAAGAUGCGAACGAGUUGUGAAAGGAUGUUCAACAAAUCCUUGUCGUAAUGGAGGUACUUGCUGUGAAGUGAAGGACGGAUACAGGUGUCGAUGUGACGACGGGUUUACUGGCAAAAACUGCGAGAARCGAGUCGAAGAUAUGAACAUCAAAUUGGGUCAAGGACAAUUAGAGUUCAAAAUGAGUGGGUCGGAUAACCCCAAGAGCAAAGAAUACAGUAGAGUUUGUCGGUACGACAACGCGAGACAGUGCAUUGUCUGCGGACGUGGGUACUACUUGCGAGCAAAAUCCAGGAAGCAGGUCGUUCGCGAUCUCGUGAAAGCUUGCAAGUUUUCCAAGAGAGUCGCGAUGCGCAUUGCAAAGGCUGCUGGUCUUAGUGGAAAGAAGGCCCGAAGAUGCUUAAAGAAAUAUCGUCUUUCAAAGAUUCGCUUCUCCAGACGUCAGCAAAGGGAGUUGUUUCAGCUCGACUUUAAACGCCAGGAAAAGAUCGCCGACAGGUACCUCAAGAAGCGUUGCAGGAAAGGUUUCCAGAUYAAGAAACUCAAUCCGUUUAUACUGGACGUAACGAUGGCACUCUUCAAUGAUAACGAUUUACUAGACAACAGCAGGGAAAGAAAGCAAUGCACCAAGCGAAUCCUGGCCGAUAUCCAGUCUGGUGAUGUAAGAAGAAUGAACAAACUCUUCAGAGACCAAAACUUUUGGUUAAAAAAGGUGAAGAUGUCCAGGAAGAAGCUCUCAUUGAUGAGRAAUGCCUGCAAACGGGAAUGCAAGAGAACGAGAAGAUAUAUGGAUUUAAUUAUAAGGAAAAUGACCGAUCUUCAUGGAAUAUUGAUUGGUCUAGUUGCUCUAACAAUACUACAUACUACACAUGGGUCAAUUUGUGAUGUGAUGAAUAUAUGUGACAAUGGUGGAACCUGUAAACCCGGUGGAAGUCUUGGAGUAACAUGUGAUUGUAAGCCUCAGUUUAAAGGUUUUGAUUGUAAGACAGACGUUGACGAAUGCGCAGCGAAUAGCAAUUUGUGUGGGAAUGGGACCUGUGCAAACAAUUACGGAGGAUUCAAAUGCAACUGCUUCAAAGGAUUUUACGGUCCACGCUGCGAGUAUGACUUUGAUGACUGCUCACCAAAUCCCUGCCUUAACGGAGGCACUUGCUGUUGCCAAGGCAUCAACUAUUUUCAGUGCACAUGCAUGCCGGGAUACACUGGAAAAACAUGUCAAAUCAAUAUCGACGAUUGUGCAAAUAGUCCCUGUAAAAAUGGAGGUACUUGCACUGACAAGGUCAAUGGAUAUGUAUGUAAAUGUCCGGCAGGAUGGGGUGGUCCUACYUGUGAGUUAAAUUUGAAUAAAUGCCACGCAAGCACUUGCAGGAAUGGAGGAACAUGUACCCAAGUGACAGCAACAACAUACAGUUGUCAUUGUGCCCCAGGAUGGACAGGGAAAAACUGUGAAAUCAGUGAACAACCAAUUGAGCGUGCAAUGAUAGAUCCUUGUGAAUAUAUGUCUGUAGGUGUGAAAGAAGAUAUCGACGAUUGUGCAAAUAGUCCCUGUAAAAAUGGAGGUACUUGCACUGACAAGGUCAAUGGAUAUGUAUGUAAAUGUCCGGCAGGAUGGGGUGGUCCUACUUGUGAGUUAAAUUUAAAUAAAUGCCACGCAAGCACUUGCAGGAAUGGAGGAACAUGUAUCCAAGUGACAGCAACAACAUACAGUUGCAAGUGUGCCCCAGGAUGGACAGGGAAAAACUGUGAAAUCAAUUUCGACAACUGUGCKGCUAAYCCGUGUAAACAUGGUUCUAAUUGCACUGACCUUUUGGGUGGGUACAAAUGUGAAUGUGCAAGAGGUUAUACUGGUCAAAACUGUGGAAUAGUUAUAAAGUACUGUAGUGCAUCAACAUGUAAGAAUGGUGGAGUAUGUACAGAUAUAAUAGGUGGUUUUACAUGUAAAUGYGCAUCAGGAUAUCAAGGCAGCCGAUGUGAAGCAGAUAUCAACGAGUGUGCUGCAUCAAACCCUUGUGGUGUUGGUGGUUCAUGUAAAAACUUGCCUGGUUCCUUCGAAUGUACAUGUCACGCUGGUUAUAAAGGCAGCAGAUGUGAAAUUAACAUUGAUGAUUGUGCAAGCCAUGGUUGUCAGAAUGGAGCCACAUGUGUAGACGGAGUUAACUCUUAUACCUGUAGAUGUGCUACAGGAUAUACUGGAAACACUUGUGAAACAAACAUCAACGACUGUACUGCUAGCUCUUGUUUAAAUGGAGGAACCUGUGUGGAUGGUGUCAACAAGUUUACAUGCAAAUGUCCUGUAGGUUUCUUGGGAAGUCGAUGUGAAACAAAUAAGGAUGAUUGUGCAAACAAUCCUUGUUUAUAUCAAGGGACGUGCGAGGAUUUAGUCAACAAUUUUAARUGUCACUGCACUCCCGGAUAUACUGGGAACAAGUGUGAAACAAAUAUCAACGAUUGUCUUAGCGUGACUUGUAAAAAUGGAGGGACGUGCAAUGAUGGAAUAAAUUCUUAUUCCUGCUCAUGUCGAAGCGGUUUCACCGGGACUCACUGUGGGAUUAAUAUCAACGAUUGUCUUAGCGUGACUUGUAAAAAUGGAGGGACGUGCAAUGAUGGAAUAAAUUCUUAUUCCUGCUCAUGUCGAAGCGGUUUCACCGGGACUCACUGUGGGAUUAAUAUGAAUGACUGCGUCAAUCACCAAUGUAAACAUGGAUCCACAUGUAUCGAUGGUGAGGCAUCCUAUACGUGUCAAUGUGUCAAGGGUUAUACUGGACCACGAUGCGGCGUUGAUAUCGAUGAGUGYGCUAGCAGCCGUUGCCAGAAUGGUGGGACAUGCAUUGACGGAGUCGGCAAUUACAGUUGCAACUGUGAUGUAGGAUUCACAGGGCRAUAUUGUGAAAUUGACAUAGAUGAGUGUGAGUCUAGUCCAUGUCAAAAUGGUGGAACAUGCUGUUGCAGUGGUGUUAACUCAUACAACUGUACCUGUAGGGCCGGUUAUACUGGACCGCGCUGUACAAUUGAUAUCAAUGAGUGUGCAAGUAAUCCCUGUGUUAAUGGCGGUACAUGUUCGGAUAAARUCAAUGAUUUCAUGUGCCAAUGUCCCUCAGGAUACACUGGAAAAACCUGCGGAACCAACAUUAAUGAUUGUAAAGCUGACAGCUGUAAGAAUGGUGCGACGUGUAUUGACAGAGUCAAUGGAUUCGAGUGUAAUUGCGUUCCAGGAUAUAAUGGACKCCUCUGYGAAAAWAAUAUCAAUGAGUGCCWAAACAAUCCUUGUCAAAAUAAUGGCAAAUGUAUUGAUGGUGUUAAUCAAUAUACAUGUUCCUGUUCCGUUGGUUUUACUGGGGACAAUUGUCAAAUAGACAUUGAUGAUUGUCAGCCAAACCCUUGUGCGAAUCAAGGCACUUGUAAGGAUGGAGUAAAUGACUUCUCAUGUUCUUGCAUCAAAGGAUGGACUGGCAAGAAUUGCAGCACAGAUUACGAUGACUGUCUGGUCAACCCAUGCCGUGGUGGUGGAACGUGUGUUGACUUGUUUAACGACUACAAGUGUAAAUGUCCACCUGGUCUUACUGRAAAAGACUGUAGCGUUGAUAUUGAUGACUGUGCUCCCAAUCCAUGUAGCAAUGGCGGUAAAUGCACUGACCAUCUCAAUAGGUACUCAUGUUCAUGUCUGCCUGGAUACAAGGGAGAUCGGUGCGAAAAUGAUAUCAACGAAUGUCAAGGUGUUAUUUGUAAAAAUGGUGGCACGUGUGUUGAUCAGGUGAACAAGUUUAUCUGUCAGUGUACUGCAGGAUUUCAUGGCACUUUAUGUGAUAAUGACGUCGACGAGUGCAAGUCCAAUCCUUGUCAAAAUGAUGCAACAUGCGUUGAUCAAGUAAACGGGUUUGUGUGCAAAUGUAUGCGUGGUUGGACAGGAACACUCUGUGAUAUAAAUUUUGAUGACUGCAAGAAUUCUCCAUGUAUGAAUGGUGGAAAGUGCACGGAUAARGUAGCUGACUAUUCCUGUCAAUGUUUACCUGGCUUUACUGGAAAAAGCUGUGAAACCAAUAUCGAUGAAUGUGCAUCCAAUCCGUGUAAAAAUGGCAAGUGUGUUGAUGGGACGAAUGCGUAUUCAUGUCGAUGUGACAAUGGCUGGGGGGGCUACAACUGCGAUCAAAAUAUUGAUGAAUGCGCACCAAAUCCCUGUAGAAAUGGUGGGACAUGUGUAGAUGGUAUCGGUGCAUACACUUGUAAAUGCGCUGCAGGCUAUACUGGAAAAGACUGUACCACAGGUSAGAAACAUUCAGUUCACAUAAUAUCGGUUUUUAUGUCUUCCUAUUGWUUCUGCAUGUGUUUGGGGGUUCAUUUUGCAAUGUUWUCAAMAUUAAACUACAACAUUGAUGAGUGUGCAUCAAGUCCUUGUAUGAAUGGUGGYWCAUGUGARGAUCAGGUCAAAAGUUACAAAUGCGUCUGCGCCAAAGGAUAUGAAGGGACUCGAUGUGAACAAAAAAAAUUCUAUUCUUGUAUUUUAGACAUUAAUGAAUGUGAGUCGAAUCUCUGUCAAAAUGGCGCCCAGUGCGUAGAUGGCAUCAAUUCUUACAGUUGCCGUUGUAACCUUGGAUACCAUGGACAGUACUGUGAAAUAAACUAUGAUGAUUGCAAAGAUAGCCCGUGCCGCCAUGGAGGAACAUGUUUUGAUAAAGUGAACGAUUUCCGCUGUGAUUGCGUCCCUGGGUAUAUAGGAAAGAGAUGCGARGAGAAUCGGGAUGACUGCAAGCCAAACAAUCCCUGUUUGCAUGAUGGGCAUUGUAAGGAUGGAGUCAAUGAUGUCACGUGCUUUUGUAAGCCUGGUUAUACUGGAAAAUUGUGCUCUAAAAAUAUCGAUGAAUGUUCUUCCAACCCAUGUGGAAACCAUGGCAAGUGUACAGACGGUGUGAAUGCCUACACCUGUACAUGUAAUGUUGGCUACACUGGCAAAAACUGUCAGACAAAUAUCGAUGACUGUGAUCCGAAUCCAUGCAAAAACAAGGGUAUGUGUACUGAUGGGGUCAACUCCUAUACCUGCAAGUGCGCUGAAGGAUUCACUGGAGCAACCUGCGAGACAAACAUUGACGAAUGUAAGAUCGACAAUAAAAAUCCCUGUCAAMAUGGCGGUACAUGUACCGAUGGAAUCAACUCGUUCAAAUGCGCAUGCGCUCCUGGCUUUAAAGGAAAUAAAUGUGAAAUCAAUAUCAAUGAAUGCGAAUCAAAUCCCUGUCAACAUGAAGGAUCAUGUUCUGAUCGUGAGAACGGCUACACUUGUUCCUGCAAGGAUGGAUAUACUGGAAAGAACUGUGAAACAAACAUCAAUGAAUGUGAGUCAGGGCCUUGCAAUAACGGUGGCACAUGCUCAGAUGGGGAGAACGGAUACACUUGCGGCUGUGCAGCAGGAUUCAGCGGAACGAAUUGCGAAACAAAUAUCAACGAGUGUUUAUCCAAUCCUUGUUUAAAUGGUGCAACAUGCAAUGAUGGCAUCAAUGAAUACACCUGCAAAUGCGCAGCAGGAUAYWCUGGUAACAACUGUAAAACAGACAUCAAUGAGUGUAUCACGGAGKCCGUGGUUUGUUCGAAUGGCGGGACGUGUAAGGAUGAAGUUGCCGGUUUUAUGUGUAAAUGCACGGAUGGAUGGUUUGGAAAACUUUGUGAUAAAAAUGUGGAYGAGUGCAAGUCYGAUCCUUGCAAAAAUGGUGCUACAUGUGUUGAUGGCAAGAACGGCUACGAAUGCAAAUGUGCCGACGGCUACGUAGGAAAACACUGUGAAGAUGAACGUAACGAAUGUGAGUUCAAAAGGUGCGUUAAUGCCGUGAGGUGUCAAGAUCUGUUUAAUGAUUAUAAAUGUUACUGUUAUCCUGGAUGGACUGGCAAGAACUGCGACACCAACAUCGACGACUGUACACCUAAUCCCUGCUUAAAUGAUGGGCGAUGCUUUGACGGAAUCAACAACCAUACGUGCAUAUGCAAGAAGGGUUUCACUGGCUUCGUCUGUGGGACAAAUAUUAAUGAAUGUGCUCCAGAACCAUGCCAGAAUGGGGGACAAUGUGUUGAUGGGAUUAAUAAAUAUACAUGCAAUUGUGCGGCUGGUUGGACUGGUUACCAGUGCGAAGUCAAUAUCAACGACUGCAACAUCAAUCCCUGUGUCCAUGGACACUGUAGUGAUCUAGUCAAUGACUACAAAUGCAAUUGUCAAGCUGGCUGGAGAGGCAAAAACUGUACUGAAAACAUCGACGAUUGCUCACCAGAUCCUUGCAAAAAUGGUGGAAAAUGUAUCGAUGAAGUCAAUAGUUACAAAUGCCAAUGUUCUGCUGGAUAUACGGGACGUAUAUGUGAGAAAAAUAUCGACGAAUGUGAGUCAAAACCGUGUCAAAACGGGGGAAGUUGUCGUGAUGGGAUAAAUUCUUACACUUGUGAUUGCGCUGGUGGAUAUAAGGGAGUAAACUGUGAAAUUGACAUCAAUGAAUGUGACUCCAGUCCGUGUCUUAAUGACGGCACAUGUGUUGAUGAAGUGAAUAGAUUUACAUGUAGAUGUCUACCAGGAUACACAGGGGAUAGAUGCGAAACCAAUAUCAACGAGUGUGUGUCCAAUCCGUGUCAAAAUGACGGGACCUGUAUCGAUGGAAUCAAUAGCUACAGAUGUGUGUGUAGAGCAGGAUACACCGGAGAAACCUGUAAAACCGAUAUUAACGAGUGUGCCCCAGGCCCUUGCAAGAACCAAGCGACAUGCGUUGAUGAAGUCAAUAAGUACAAAUGUCAAUGCGCACCAGGAUACGAAGGCCCUAACUGUGAAACAAACAUCGAUGAUUGCAAGUCGAACCCUUGUCUUUACGGAGGAACAUGCAAGGAUGGAGUUAAUUCUUUUACCUGCACAUGCAUACCUGGAAGGACUGGCCCAAUCUGUUCUACAAAUAUUGAUGACUGUUCUCCUAAUCCGUGCCAAAACUACUCGUCUAUAUCUUGCAUUGACGAAGUAAACGCUUACCGGUGUACAUGCGCUCAAGGAUUCACAGGAAAACAUUGCGAGAUAAAUAUCGAUGAUUGCRAAUCAAAACCAUGUAAGAAUGGAGGGACGUGUGAAGAUAAGGUUGAUGAUUAUCUUUGCAAGUGUGUACCUGGUUGGGAAGGAAAAAAUUGUCAAACUGAUCACGAUGAUUGUUCGCCUUCUCCUUGCAAAAACGGCGCGUCGUGCUCUGACAAACUCAAUGACUACAAAUGUCAUUGCUUACCUGGUUACAGCGGGAAAGACUGUACAGAAGACAUUGAYGAUUGCAAACCUAAYAUUUGUCAAAAUGGAGGAAAGUGCGUCGAUCUUGUAGACGAUUACAAAUGUCAGUGCUCGCCGGGAUACGGAGGGAAAAAUUGUGAAACUAAUAACAAUGAAUGUCAAUCAGACCCAUGCAAGAACGGUGGUCAAUGUUAUGAUCAAGUAAACGGUUACCGAUGUCAAUGUAAAGGCGGCUACACAGGAACACAUUGUGAAACUGAAAUCAACGAAUGCGAUUCGAACCCAUGUGUUAAUGAAGGGAAAUGUACUGAUGCUGUCAAUAACUACAAUUGUCAGUGCUUAGCAGGAUAUACUGGCAAAAACUGUGAAACAGACAUUAAUGAAUGUGAAUCGAAUCCAUGUCAAAAUCGCGGUACCUGUACCGACCAAGUUAACUCUUAUAAGUGCGCAUGCGUGCCGGGCUUCAUUGGACAUAACUGUGAAACAAACAAGGAUGAAUGUGCUCCUAACCCUUGCGAGAAUGGGGGAACAUGCGUUGACGGGAUUAACAUGUUCACKUGUAUGUGUGCUCCUGGGUACGAGGGGCAGAAAUGCUCAAACGACAAGGAUGAYUGYAAGCCUAACCCCUGCAAGAAUAACGGCCGUUGCGAUGAUCUAGUCAAUGCUUUUAAAUGCAACUGUGCACCUGGUUACACAGGGUCUACAUGUGACAUAAAUAUUGACGAGUGCCAAUCUAGUCCUUGUCAAAAUGGCGGAACGUGUGAAGAUAAAGUUAAUGGCUACACGUGCGCAUGCGCUCCAGGAUACACAGGAACCAACUGUGAAAAAGAUAUUGACGAGUGUUCUCCUAAUCCAUGCCAUAAUGGAGGUAAAUGCAAAGAUCUGGUAAAUGGUUACGAAUGCAMAUGCAAACCUGGAUACACAGGUCGUAGAUGCGAAAAAGAUAUCRACGAGUGCGSAUCAAGUCCUUGUCAAAACGGGGGUUCCUGUGAAGAUCAGGUGAAUGGCUACAGAUGUUCUUGCCGCGCAGGGUACAUGGGAAAUAACUGUCAAACCGAGAUCAACGAAUGUGAAUCGAAUCCAUGUCAAAAUGAAGCAACAUGCGAAGACCAGGUUAAUGGCUACCGCUGCCGAUGUGUCCCUGGAUUUAAUGGAAGACAUUGCGAAGAAAAUUUCAAUGAAUGUAGUAGCAAUCCGUGCUUUAAUGGAGCUACUUGUAACGACGGCGUUAACAACUUUAUCUGCAUGUGCCGUGCUGGUUUUACAGGAAGAAGGUGUGAGAGYGAUAUCGAUGAAUGUGCAAGCAGUCCUUGUCAAAAUGGUGGAACUUGUCGCGACGGAAACAACAUGUAUACUUGCAGUUGUAAAGUUGGCUUCGAGGGAAUCAAAUGUGAAAUCAAUCGCGAUGAAUGCGAAUCAAAUCCCUGUCAAAAUAACGGCAUCUGCACCGAUGGUGUGAACGAGUACACCUGCGCAUGCUCAGUUGGAUACACAGGAACAAGAUGUGAAACAAAUCCCGAUGAYUGUAUCUCAAAUCCUUGUGCGAAUAGUGGCAAAUGUAAAGAUCUGUUGGACGAUUACGAUUGCACCUGCCCACCGGGUUUCACUGGAAAGAACUGCGACAUCAAUAUCGACGACUGCAGUUCUGAUCCCUGUCAAAAUGGCGGUUCAUGUCUUGAUAAAGUUAAUCACUAUGUCUGUCAAUGCUUACCUGGAUAUAAUGGAGUAGACUGCCAAAUAAAUAUCGAUGAUUGCAAGGAUAACAAGUGUCUGAACGGAGCCACGUGUGUCGAUGGAGUAAAUCGYUAUACUUGCAGGUGUKCACCGGGAUACACGGGCAGAUACUGCAUAAGGACGAUUGCUCUCCCAACCCUUGUCAAAACGGAGGUGUUUGUGCRGACGGCAUUGACGCCUUUAACUGCACAUGCGCAAAAGGAUAUGAUGGAAAGACUUGCGGAAACAACAUUGAUGACUGCAAGAAUAAUCCCUGUCUAAACGGUGGCACAUGUAAUGAUGGUGUCGAUAAGUACACGUGUGGAUGCGCUGCAGGAUUUACGGGAACAAACUGUGAAACUAAUAUUGAUGACUGCGAUCCAAACCCGUGUCGAAAGGAAAACACCGAAAAGUGCAUCGACGACGUCGCUAAAUAUGAAUGUAAAUGUAAACCAGGAUACAAGGGAACCAUAUGUGAAAUCAAUAUCGAUGACUGUUCGCCAAACCCUUGUGUGAAUGGCCAAUGCAGCGACAAAGUUAACGACUACGAUUGUAAUUGUGAAGCUGGUUGGAAGGGAAAGAACUGUGAUAUAGAUAUUGACGACUGCAACCCGAACCCUUGCAUGUUAGGGGGGACAUGCAAAGACGAAGUGAAUGGUUUUAACUGUACUUGUGCGCCAGGAAGGAUUGGAACGAGAUGCGAAAUUGACGAGGACAACUGCGAGAGCUCUCCGUGUCAAAAUGGCGGCGUUUGCUCCGAUAGGGCAAACGACUUCGUCUGUCAAUGCAAGGCAGGCUACCAAGGAAAGGACUGCAGCAUUGAUAUCGAUGACUGCAAACCCAACCCUUGUAAUAACGGAGGUUCUUGUAAAGAUAAGGUGGCUGGAUACACCUGCAUGUGCCCGCCAGGAUUUGUCGGAGAUAACUGCGAGACAAACGUUGAUGAAUGUGCAUCGUCUCCGUGUAAGAAUGGAGCAACUUGCAAAGACGACAUAAACCGUUACCGUUGCCAUUGCGUACCAGGUUACUACGGAAGACAUUGCGAACAUAAUCGCGAUGAUUGUGCACAAAACCCCUGCCAGAAUCACGGAACGUGUACGGAUGGUGUCAAUACGUAUACKUGYAGUUGUGCUCCUGGCUUCACUGGACGAACUUGCGGGACAAACAUCGAUGAAUGCGAGUCUGGCCCAUGCCAGAAUGGUGGAACGUGCGAGGACAAGAUCAACUCGUACAAGUGCCUUUGUAGACGAGGCUUCGCUGGGAUGCACUGCGAGACAAAUAUCAAUGAGUGUGAUCCAGACCCUUGUCUACAUGGUUCAUGUAGCGAUGGCAUCAAUGAUUUCACCUGUACAUGUAAGCCAGGAUUCAAAGGAAAACGAUGUGGAACAAAUAUCAACGAAUGUAAACUUAAGCCUGUUCCCUGUCACCACGGUGGUAUGUGUGUGGACGGUAUCAACGGUUACACUUGUAACUGCCCGCCUGGAAUUACUGGAAAAUAUUGCCAGACAGUUAUUGACAACUGCAAACACAACCCGUGCUUGUACGGCGCUACCUGCGUAAACAAAAUCAAUGGCUUUACCUGCAAAUGUAAACCAGGCAGGACAGGMAUUUACUGUGACAAAGACRUCAAUGAGUGUUCAAGCAAACCUUGUCAAAACGACGGAACAUGUCUCAAUUUGCAAAACCACUACAAAUGCGCCUGCAAACCUGGCUUUUGGGGAACGAACUGCGAACAAGAAUGUAAUUACUGCAAGCGUAAUACGUGUCUAAACCGUGGUCGGUGCUACAUAUCGCCGAUCCAUAACGUCUGGUUCUGUAAAUGUCGYUAUGGAUUUUCUGGAGAUCGAUGUCAAAAUGGUAUGACAGGACGAUGUGCGUACAGACCAUGUAAGAACGGUGGAAGUUGCUGCGAAGAUCCUAAUUCACCACUUGGUUAUCGCUGUAAAUGUCGCAAGGGUUACGAAGGAGCUCGAUGUCAACGAGUUAUUCAACGGCAYUCGUGUACACGAAGAAGAAUGCAAUUACAUCGCUUCAGAGGAAUGCCGUCAUUUAGUUCAYUGUACAGGAACUAUCCAAGCUAUAUCGAAUGCGACUCCAAAUGGCUACGUAAAAAUACUGAUUUAGCCGGCGUAGCAAAGCAAAGGUCUAGUGCUGUAAGACUAUCACUUGCACUCUGUAAAUCAG